ACAAAUUUGGGGGCUCGUCCGGGAUUUGCAUGGUUCUGCCAGUGCUAACCUAAGAAUCGUGGGAUCCAGAUUUUUUUAUUGAAUCGAUCACCUGACAGAUUUCGCAGACAACGAUGACUACUCUUCGAGAAGUGCGACAAGACAUCCAGGGAAAACUGCUCCAGUUGAUCCGUGCUGCAGACACGGAGGUCCUGUAUCGCCUUGCAGCAUCCUGUAAAGAUGAGGUGGCGGAGGAAUUGCCAGAAAGAGACGCAGCAACAGUGGAACUCUUCGACUACAUUAUGGGGUUCCUUAGGAGUGAGCAACUGCGUAGUCUGGAGGACCAAGGGCUGUCCCGUCUGCUUGCCUUCCAUGGUCUCAUCAACGAUCUGCAACCACCAGCGCCCCCAAGAUGGGCUGCAAGGAUGAAGAAAGCUUACAGAAUUGCAGCUGAGAACAGCCGCAAGUCGUCAAACAAAGGUCAGAAGGCCAGAAGGACAGUACGAGUCAGACAGCGGCUAACCACAAUACGAAUGGCUAUUCUGCCAAAUAGCAGAGAUUCUAUAUUUAUACCAAGGGCAGGGUCAUCAGUAAAGAAAAUUGUGGUGCCACUCUCCAUGCCAGAGAGUGCAUUCAUUAAGAAAAUAAGAGAAGAAUUCCCUCGUUUACAGGGUGACUUCUCCCUUUACAGAGUUGACAGACGUAGGAGAAUCCACAAACUGGAUCUCCCCUCUAUCUGUCCCAUUUCUAUAAUUGCAUGUCCUGAGCUGAGAAGAUCAGCUGUAUACAUCAGACCAAAGGACAAUGGGGAAGAGGAGUUCAGGAUUGUGGGUGACAGGGAUAUGUUGGAGGAACAAAACCAGUUUGAGGAGGAGGAAGAGGAGGAGGAGGAGGACAGCGAGGAAGAAGAGCUCAGGGAUGUGGAUGACACGGUUAUGUUGGAGGAACAAAUCAGGUCUGAGGAGGAAGAAGAACAAAACCAGUUUGAGGAGGAGGAAGAGGAGGACAGUGAGGAAGAAGAGCUCAGGGAUGUGGAUGACACGGUUAUGUUGAAGGAACAAAUCAAGUUUGAGGAGGAGGAAGAAGAAAUCAGGUUUGAGGUGGAGGAAGAACAAAACCAGUUUGAGGAGAAGGAGAAGGACAUGAUUCCAGAGCAAGCUGUUGAACUCGCAGGCGUGCCGGAAUGGCAUGCCCUUCGCAGCCAGCAGGAUGAAGAAUUUCAACAUUCACUUUCAGUAGACAGAGAAACGGAGAGAAGUCGAGGGCAGGAGCGGGAACUGAGAAGAGUACAGGUCAUAAAUACCAGAAAAGAAAAAAUCAAUGGCAUACCAGAGGCUGAAAAUGGGAUGACCAUUCAAUUCAAGUAUCCUGAUGGUGGCUUAAAACAGAGACGCUUUCUACCUGGUCAACCAUUCCAAGAUCUAGUUGCCUUUGCAGGCUGUGAUGAAAUGGCCAGUGAGACGUUUUCACUUCAGGUGGCCAUGUCACCGACCUCACUCCUAAGCACCAAGGAAGGUUCCAUAGUAGACAAUGGCAUUACUGCACCAUGUACCUUGUACAUUUUGUGGAUGUCAGGGGAUGAAGUGGAGGAUAUAACAUCAAACAACUCCAUGGCUCAGAAUCAAUCGUCAGCUGCCCCACCUACCACAGUCUCCACCUUUCCCCCUGCUCCGUCUCCACCAAUCAGUGUCUCCCCCUUUCCCCCUGCUCCGUCUCCACCAAUCAGUGUCUCCAACUUUCCCCCUGCUCCGUCUCCACCAAUCAGUGUCCCCACCUUUCCCCCUGCUCCGUCUCCACCAAUCAGUGUCUCCACCUUUCCCCCUGCUCCCUCUCCUCCCAUCACAAUCCCUGCUGUUGACUCUCCGUCCUCUCCAAGACACAGUCCCGUAUAUAUUUCCUCCACUCCCUCAAUGCCAAACCCUGAAGAGCCUUUUGACAUUGCUGCAAGACUUAAGACUCUGAAGUUAAGGGUCCAUCGCCUCACUCCACCAGCCAAUCAGAUAAAUGUUCUUCGUAAUGAAGAAUUUGACUGUGCUUUGAGAGCCUUCAGACGGCCAGCCUUUGAUCCAGAGUCAAAAUUAGACAUCAUUUUUAUUGAUGAGGAUGGUCAAGGAGAAGGGGCCAUAGAUGAAUGUGGACCUACCAGGGAGUUUUGCAGACUUCUACUGAGACAGCUCCAAGGACACCAGAUAUUUGAAGGGCCCCUAGAAGCACGUAACCUGGCCCUUGACAGUGUUGCCCUUCACAACAACACCUACAGAAUUGUAGGGCAAAUGUUGGCUGUUUGCCUGAUCCAGGGGGGUGUGUCCCCUCACUUUUUUUCACAAAGGCUUUUCAACCAAGUCCUAAGUCUUCCAUCUGUCCCAGCAACCAUUGAAGAAGUGGUAGACCAUGGUCUAAGGACUAAACUGGAGAAGAUAAGCAGUGCAGAGACGCUUGAGGAUGCCAGACGGGCUGUUAAUGAAGCAGCGGAUGAGUUGGCUCCGAUGGGAGCUCUGAGGCACCUUCAGUCUUUGGAUGACAGUAAGCAGCUGAUGGAGGCUGUGCUCCAUUUUUACUGUGAGGGGCGAAUACAAGCAGCCAUCCAACAAGUCAGAGAAGGACUGAAUACGCUUGGGGUCCUGGAGGAAAUCAUCUUACACCCUCAAGCUUUUGAGAAAAUCUUCCUCCAGGACACAUCAUCCCUGAAGGCCAGUGAUCUUGUGGGGCUUUUCCAAGCCAGAUGUAGAUCAUUGCCAGGAUGUAAUCGGAGACAGCUGGAAGCCAGGACCAUUGCCUUUUGGAAGGAUUGGCUCCUGGAUAUAGAAGGGGCACUUGCUCAUCCAAUCACUCUGGAACACGUCCUCAUUUUUGCGACAGGCUUCAGACGAAUCCCGGCAAUGGGUUUUGAGGUGCAGCCAGAGUUAGCAUUUUUGCACCCAGAGGAUGGACUGGCCGGGUUCCCAAAGGCAAACACACGUUCUCUGGUGCUCCACCUGCCAGUGGGCCAAACAUACAAUGAGUUUAAAAAUAACAUGGAGCUUGCAGUAGGCAAUUUGGGGAGGGAUGAGAUUUAGAAUUUAGUUUUAGGUGUUUUUCAGAUGGUUUGCAUUUAUUAAAUGUUAAUUAUUUUAGCAGUUUUGCAGAUGGUUUGGAUAUAUUAAAUGUUAUUGUCAGUGUUGGGCAAAGUUAUUGUCACGAUUGGGGUCAGGCGAGCCGGAAAGCAGGCGACUGGAGCCGUAAAUACGGACAAACGGGGUUUAUUCACGGAGGGAAGGCUGACAGGAACAAACAUCGAAACAAUACAAUGACGGAUCUGGGUAGACUGACUGAGACAAGGACUAAAUACAAAAGACAAGCUACUGGUAACGAGUCACAGGUGAGAACAAUCAGGGAAUCACACGAGGUAACGAGGGGGGCACGGGGGGCACAGAAGGAACACCCACAGGCGACACAAAGGGGCCAGGGGUGAACAGAGACGGAACAAAGGGACAAGGGGCAGAGACAGGCGGGACGAAAGGAAAAGGAGG